AUGUUUCUCUGGAGAUCAGUUAAGGAAAUCCUUUCCACCAGAGUUAACCUGCACAAAAGGAAGAUCAUUGACUCACCAUUAUGCCCUAUAUGUUUACUUCAUCCAGAAACCGUAUCCCAUGCUCUAUGGAUGUGUAAAGUAGUUCAGAAUGUUUGGAAUAUUAGCUCAAGAAGAAUUCAAAAAAGUAAAACUGAGGAGGCACCUUUCUAUGAUUUACUUUCAAACCUCCUAUCCACACUUCCACCAGAGGAACAUACUAAAUUAGCUAUCACAGCUAAGGAAAUUUGGUUCAGAAGGAACAAGUUCAUUUUUGAAUCCAAAUUCGCCUCUCCCCAACAAGUCUUAAAACUGGUCUCCACUAGCAUUAUUGACUUGGAAGAGCUUGAAAGGAACCAGCAGAGGACAUCUCCUCAAAUUCAACGCACAGUUAGGUGGUGCAAGCCUCCAAACAAUUUCUACAAAUUAAACUGGGACGCAGCCAUUGACAAUGCUAAUUGCAAGGUGGGUAUCGGGGUAUCAAUUAGAGAUUGGUUGGGUCUCGUGACAGCAACUCUCAGAAGCCCUUGUAAUUCCUUUCAUGAUCCACUCUGGGGAGAAGCUUUAGCUGCCUUGCGAGCAGUACAGUUUGGUAUUGAACUUAGUCUGAAAUACGUCAUUUUCGAAGGGUACUCAAAACAAGUGGUACAUGGCAUAACUGGCGAAGCUGAAGACUGGAGCAUGGUGGGGUUGAUUUACCAAGAUAUCAAGAAACUUUUAGGCACUUACAUUUCUUGGUCUGUUAACCACGUUCCUAGACAAGCCAACACAGUGGCACAUUGUUUGGCAAAACGUUCUCUAGAUUUAUCUGAGGACUCAAUCCAUGUAGAAGAUUAA